CAUAGCGCAGGCGCAGAGUACGUGUGGCCCCGUGCGAGUCGGAGGCUUGCUGUUUGCGGGUCUCCGCAAAGGUCUGGGUCGCAAAGCCGGGGCACUGCGGCGCGGGCGUCAUGUCAGACAACGAGGACAAUUUUGAUGGCGAUGACUUUGAUGAUGUGGAGGAGGAUGAAGGGCUAGAUGACUUGGAGAAUGCAGAGGAGGAGGGCCAGGAGAAUGUUGAAAUCCUCCCCUCUGGAGAGCGACCGCAGGCCAACCAGAAACGAAUCACCACACCGUAUAUGACCAAGUAUGAGCGAGCCCGCGUGUUGGGCACCCGAGCCCUCCAGAUCGCGAUGUGUGCCCCCGUGAUGGUGGAGCUGGAGGGGGAGACAGAUCCUUUGCUCAUCGCCAUGAAGGAGCUCAAGGCCCGAAAGAUCCCCAUCAUCAUUCGGCGAUACCUGCCGGACGGGAGCUAUGAAGACUGGGGGGUGGACGAGCUCAUCAUCACCGACUGAGCUGGAGUCGUCUUCCCCACGCGCCUCAUCCCCAACUUCUCACGUUCUUUCUACAUGUAAAUAAUAAACUCAGCCUCUUCACCCC